AUGGUUGAACUCUUUUCAAGAACUAGUACGUUCGGUUUAAGAGGCAGGCCACUUAAAGUUGCUAUUACUGCAGCAUCUACAACUGGUUUCUCCCUUUUCGGUUAUGAUCAAGGUUUAAUGUCUGGUCUUAUUACCGGAACUCAAUUUAAUGACGAGUUUCCACCUACAAAGGGUGAAGAUCACUAUGCAUCAGUUAUUCAGGGUGCUGUUACUUCUUGUUAUGAACUUGGUUGUUUCUUUGGUGCCUUAUUUGUUAUGUUCUGGGGUGAUAGGAUUGGUAGAAAGCCAUUGAUUGUUAGUGGUGCUUUUAUCAUCAUCAUUGGAACUGUGAUCUCGGUUUGUGCUUUCAAAGAUAGCUGGGGUCUCGGUCAGUUUGUCAUUGGUAGAGUUAUCACUGGAAUAGGUAAUGGUUUAAAUACGGCCACUAUUCCAGUUUGGCAAUCAGAAAUGUCUAAACCUGAAAAUAGAGGUAAAUUAGUCAAUUUAGAAGGUUCGGUUAUUGCAGUUGGUACUGUCGUUGCAUACUGGAUUGAUUUCGGUCUCUCCUACACCAAUACUUCUGUUCAAUGGAGAUUCCCAGUCGCUUUCCAGAUUUUCUUUGCUGCAAUCGUAUUUGCACUUGCAGUCAACUUACCUGAAUCUCCAAGAUGGUUAGUUGCUCACCACAGAAAACCCGAGGCCACAGUUGUUUUAAGUGCUUUGAAUGACUUGCCACCUGAAGAUGAUUUCAUUGUUGCCGAGAUGUCUGUUAUUAGUGAUUCUGCUAACAGAUUCUCUAGAAGUCAAGUCGGUUAUGCUGAUUUGCUUACAGGAGGAAAAUCCCAACAUUUUUCAAGAAUGCUUAUUGGUUCAUCGUCUCAAUUUUUCCAACAAUUCACAGGUUGUAAUGCUGCUAUCUACUAUUCUACCGUUUUGUUUAAAGAUAAGAAGACUAUUGGAUUAGAACCUAGGUUGGCUUUGAUUAUCGGUGGUGUUUUUGCUACUGUUUAUGCCAUUGCAACUAUCCCAUCAUUCUUCUUGAUUGAAAGUGUUGGUAGAAGAAACUUGUUCUUGAUUGGUGCGUUAGGUCAAGGUGUUUCUUACACCAUUGCAUUUGCUUGUUUAGUUCACCCUACCAAACUGAAUGCUAAAGGUGCUGCUGUUGGUCUAUUCUUGUUCAUCGUUUUCUUUGCAUUUACAAUCUUGCCCUUGCCAUGGAUUUACCCACCAGAAAUCAAUCCUUUGAGAACUAGAACUGCUGCUUCUGCUGUUAGUACAUGUACUAACUGGCUUGCCAACUUCGCUGUUGUUAUGUUUACUCCAAUUUUCAUUCAAGCUUCAGGAUGGGGUUGUUACCUUUUCUUCGCUCUUGUGAACUACUCUUUCCUUCCAGUCAUUUUCUUCUUUUACCCAGAAACAGCUGGUAGAUCAUUAGAAGAAGUUGAUAUCAUCUUUGCCAAGGCACAUGUUGAACACCGUUUACCUUUCCGCGUUGCUGCUACCUUACCUAAGUUGUCUCUUGCUGAGAUUGAGCAGCACGGUAACCAAUUGGGUCUCUAUGACGAUGAUUUCGAAAAGGAACAAUUUGAAAAUGAAGAAAAUGUGAGUUCAUCUUCAUUCUCAAAGAAAGAAGAAUCUGAAGGACCAUUAAUGAAUGCAAAUACUGAUCAGGCUACAGAAGAAAAGCCAGAUCAAACCUCGCAAAACCAGUGA